UUUCUUGAAGAGACGGGUCAUCCUAACGUCAGCGAUGGUCCUAAGAAACCGAAGAAGGCGUUCAAGCUGACUAGCUUUUUAAGGGGCUUGGGGAAAGGCCUUGCUGCACCCUACCAAAACACUGAUAUCGCCAAGAGGUCGGUAAUUUCUACACUCCUUUUCACUGGUCAAAUGUGUGCCUUCUUUGGAAUGCUCUUUUAUACUCAGGUCAUUCGAGGUUCAGUGUACUACGUCGCCAUAUUAAACGCUUUAACCUCAAUUCCUGGAACUCUGAUUUCAACUCUUCUUUAUUGGAGAAUUAAAAGUCGUAGGAAGCCUCUCUUAGUCCUCUACGGCAUGUCAGUUGCAAUUCUUCUCAUCGGUGGUCUCUACACAGUGGUGGGUAAGCCCGAGUCAGAAAUCCCCUUGAUUGUGUGCUGCAACAUCACUUUAGUUUUGCUCGGAGCUUCUUUGAACAUGCUUUUCAUUUACACACCUGAAUUAUUCCCCUCGAGCAUUCGGAGCCAAGGAUUUGGGAGUGCGACUGGUCUUGGAAGAGUCGGUAGCAUGCUGUGCAGUUUUAUUAAUCAACUUGAUUUGCAACUGGGUCAUGGUGUCCCCGUGAUAAUCUAUGGAGGUGUUCUGAUACUCCAAUUUGUUUUGACCUGCUGUUUACCUGACACUGAUGGUGAGAACCUUGCAGAUGUUGUCCAUUCGGAAGGGGAUAAGUGA